CCCCGGCGGCUUCCCCGGCGUGCUGGGGCUGGUGGGCAGCCUGCAUGUGGCGCUGCGGGCGCCCUCGGAGAACGAGCUGGCCUACCGCAAUGCCCGCAACUACCACUCCAUGAACAUGCAGCUGGUGUGCGACGCCCGCGGCGCCAUCACCAACGUGGUGGCCAAGUACCCGGGCUCCUGCCCCAACGCCGCCGUGCUGGAGAACUCCGCCCUGGCCCGCCUGCUGGAUGGCACCCGGCCCGACGGGCUCUGGCUGCUGGGCGACCGCAGCUACCCGCUGAAGACGUGGCUGAUGACGCCCAUCCUGUUCCCGUGCAGCGCGGCCGAGGAGCGCUACAACGCGCGGCACCACGAGGCGCUGGCCGUGCUGCGCCAGACCUGCGCCCUGCUGCGGCGCCGCUUCCGCUGCCUGGACAAGGCCAGCGGCUCCCUGCAGUACGCGCCCCAGAAGGUCUGCCAGAUCUUCCUGGCCUGCUGCAUCCUGCACAACAUCGCCCUGGGCCGCCGCAUGCCCCUCGACCUGGCUGAGGCCGAAGCCUCGCCCGACGGGCCCGAGGCCGAGCCCGACCUGCCCGUGCAGAUGCCCUUUGUGCAGAUCUCUAGCGAGGCCCGGGCUGUGCGGGCCCGCAUCGUCCAGCAGUUCAAGGACGCCCUCACCUAGGCCCCUGCUCUCGACCCUCUCGGACUUGUCCCCGCAUGGACGGUUCCCUGGCCCCGAAGCGCCGUCGGGUGCCCGUGGGGAGAAUGGAGAGGAGUGACCGGACAGAGGCCCCGGCCCCUACUGCAGAGGAGAGAAGUGGGAAGUGGAGGGGAGGGGGGUCCUGUGGGGUGGAAGGCACUGCAGCCCCUCUGGCUGGGUUGCAGCCCUCUCCUUGGCCCAGACUCCCAAGCUAAGUGCCACGGGGUUGCCACCGUGAUUCUCCAGCCGCCGCGUGGGGAUUGUCUGGGCAGUGUGGGAGGUCAGUACAGUCCCUCUGCUUGGCUUGGCCAUGUCCCCAUGGGGCUCAGAGCCAGGGCCUGGCCCAGGGUAGGUCGGAGGCCUCCCCUGGCCCUGCAAGGAGGGGAGGGGGGAGGCCAGUGGGGCAAGCGGGACCAUUUUCUUUCUUUUUUUCUGGAGGGGGGAAGAAAUAAACGUAUUUUCCUAGGGCAAAAGCUGGCUGUGGUGUUAUGAGUGUGUGGGCACCCUGGGGGUGGGGAUCUGGGCCAAGUCUAGGGCACGUGUGACAGGGCUGAAGAAACCCACCCAGGAGCAAAGAUGCCCCAUGGCCAGCCACAUGGCAGGGUUUUGCCUAGAAGGGGGUGUGAGUGCCAGGCCCAUCCCAUCAUACCCCACCUCCAAGGGCAAGGAGCAGGCAGCUGUUGGCAUUUUCAGUGCAUUUAUUGACAGUUUGGCAUGUGCCCAGCAGGCUUUGGGGACGCCAACCAACAACAUCUGUGGCCCACUUGCCCCUGUCACUGCAGCGAAGGAGGGAGCAUGGUGCCUCCACCCACCUGUGCCAGGGGUGGGAGCCUGGACAGCCCCCC